AAGCUCUCUUCUCCCGUCGGAUUACAGCCGAGGCAGCACGCAAAGGCACAGUUACCGAGCCAUAAAACGUCGAUUAAAGCCAAGACUUCCCAUUCCAGUUACAGAAGUGAGUAGAGAAGAGACCCCUUUAACCGAGAAAUGGAUCAGUCUGUGCCAAACCGUCAGCAAGGAGGAGCCCCUCAGCAUGCUAUACCAGUGGGGGCCUUCAGGCAGGGUAAUAUUCCCAGUAAGGAGAGAGGCAUCAUCAGCGGAGACCAAGUCCAGUUUGGGAAGCUGCGCCGGCCCAUACGUUUGUCCCAGUCAGAGAGUUCUGGGGCUGAAGAGGAGAGGUUGAGCACCUCCAUGGAAGCGCGCGGCUCCUUUGGUCGAAGCCCCGUCCUCCAGGGCAUGCAGGCUGAAGGCAACUACCAACGGCGGCUCGCCUCUAAUGGCAACGGGCCGUUGUCAUCAUCUCCGAGGAGUCCAAAUACCAGAGGUUACUUGAGCUUCCAGUCCAGACGCACCCAUGGUGAACAGCAGGAUCAGGGGCACCCAGUCACCACUGUAAAGGCCUCUGGGACCCCCCACCGUCAGUACAGUAGAGGCCGCAAUCGCACCUCCUCUGAGACUGAGCAGGGGGGCAAAGGCAGCAGAGGGCCGACCCAGAGGAGGAGAGGCCUCUCUGAGACGGAAAGCAGGCCUAGAUGGGACAAUACCAAAAUGAGUGGACUGCAGUGCCUCGCCUCAGAGAACAUCUGGUUCGACAAACACAGCUACGAUGAGGCGGAAAAGCGCUUCUACGAGGGAGUCAACGGACCCUCCACACAGCAGCAACAGGUGAAAACGGCCCUGCAACAGGCCAAAGGGCGCCAGCAGAAACGGCAGCACAGAAAUUCAUCCUCACAUGCAGGAGGAGACCAGGAGCUCGUUUCACGUAUGAAGAGCCUGGAACUGGAGAACCAGACUCUGCACAAAGUGGUGGAGAACAUGAGAGCAGCCAUGCAGAAGCUGGAGUCCAGAGUGGCUGUGCUGGAAAAGUCCCCUGCAACAGCAGCUGUCCCAUGUGCUAAGGCUGCUCCAGUCAAGGCUGCUCCAGUCAAACAGGUGGAAAAUGGCGAUGACGACGAUGACAUUGAUUUGUUUGGCAGUGAUGAAGAAGAUGACGAGGCAGCCCGCCUCAAGCAGGAGCGCCUGGAUGCGUAUGCAGCCAAAAAGUCCAAGAAACCCGCCCUUAUCGCCAAGUCCUCUAUCCUGUUGGACGUCAAGCCUUGGGACGAUGAGACAGAUAUGGCGAAGCUGGAGGAGUGUGUGCGCUCAGUGCAGAUGGACGGGCUACUGUGGGGAGCAUCCAAACUGGUGCCAGUUGGCUACGGCAUCAAAAAGCUGCAGAUCAACUGCGUGGUUGAAGACGACAAAGUUGGCACUGACAUUCUGGAGGAGGAGAUCACCAAGUUUGAGGACUUUAUCCAGAGUGUAGAUGUCGCUGCCUUCAAUAAGAUCUAAGCUCCACCAGCUCUGUACCGGCUCCACCAAAGUGUUGCUGCUGCUGCUCCCGGCUUUCACAGUUAUUAAAUGCUAAGUUUUGAGCACAAA